CGGUAUUCGGAAAAUUGUAUAUUUCAGCGGUAAACAAACUUUAACUCGAACGGAAAAAAGUUAUUCACAGCAAUAUUUUAAUAAUUAUUAUGGAUCAUUUCCAUUGUUUUGUUGGAACUAAUUAAUAGUUCUGUAUGGGUGUCUUAAAUAUUCUUUCCUAAGGAUUAUGUAAUGAAUGUAAAGUUUGAUGAGUUUUAUUUGAAAUUAUGACAAGACCGAGCAGAUCAAUUCUUUGCAAUGGUCACAUAAAUCAGCUCAUACAGGAAGACGAUAUUAUGAACUAUAUUGUUGAAAUUUGCAAGGAAUUAGUAAAACAAAAAUGUAAGCAUCAUUCUUGAAAGAAUCAGUAUGGCGUGGACAGGCACCGCAGAAUCGUGUGGAAACAGCAUCACAGAGUUGUUUAAACACCUGUGUACUCUCCACUGUGCUAGGGACGAUCACAAAUUAUCAGUACACAGACCAAAGACCUCCAGGUCCAACGUCCAGCGUAAGGCUGUCAGAGCUCUCUAUGAUGUUCUGUUUGAGUAUCAUCUGGGAGAUCUCAAGAACGAUAAAAGACUUGACAUGUUUCAUUCCAUGACUCCUGAACUGUGGCUGUAUGAGUACAUACAUGAUCUACGCAGAGAACGACAGUUCGACAAAGCUGACAGAUUGGAGGAAUUGUUCAGUAGCCUUAAGAAUGAUAAAGACAUAGACUUAUCGGACAUGGACUCCAUUUUGACAAUUUUACUUCUGCUUGCUGACACUUCCAUGAAGCGGCCCACACAGACCAUUGGACAUGGGGAUCAGUAUCUCCCAGUUGUUGUGUACAACAAAAAGAAUGACAGCCAUGUUCUGCCUCAAGGUCCGUCGCUGUACCGAGACACUGUGACCUACAGGCCUGACUCCCCCCACUACAUGCAUUAUCCAAGGAGUUUGUUUGAAGGAGAACCACUAACAGACCUGGGAUAUUUAUCAAUGGAUAGUUCUCUAUCUGAUGAUAUGGACAUUUCAUCCAAGGGCUCACUAUUUGGGGGAUUGGCUCAACCAAAGCCAAUUGCUUUGAAUGACAAACUAGAAUUGCCAGAUUUUCCUGAAAGUGGAAUAUUUGAGAUACACAUUCCACGACGAAGAGAGAGACAGCCAUUACCAGACACUCUUGAUAUCUCAGUGACAUCCAGCGGUUUUAUAUCUAAUGUCCAGCUACGACCGAGUACCGCUCACUGGGAUGAGUGUCUGAACGUAUCACAAAGUCAGUUCUUCACCUGGGACAAGCGGGGAAGGCGCGGUCCCACUGAGAGGCCCUACAUGACAGAGCUAGGACCGCGUGGGGUCCAGGAGUGGUGCCACAUGAAGCGUCGGGAACUGUGUGUGUUUUCCCCCGAUCUCCAGCCACCGCCCAUUAGGAGGUUCACCCCGGGGCAGGUCACACAGGACCUCCUACACCUUAUGAUUGGCAUCCCCUCACACCUAUUUGUCAUCAACAAGGAGCUACAAACUUUUCGUCUUGGAGAUGGGUGUGAACUUCAUGGACUUACACCAGAGGCAUUCCAGAAUCUGGUCUAUGACUUUAUCGACUGUGGAACACGAUACUGUCGUUUGCGGGCUUUCUGUGCCUCCUGUUCUCUGUAUAACGGUGGGCUGAUAUUCCAGGCGUUCCUGGUGGCCCUGAACCGCGUGCUACACCACUACACAGCUGUGGUCCUCUCUAUCAGUGGCAGCCUCAGCAUACUCCAUCUGAAGUUCCUAUGUCACAACCUCUUCAGUCAAAUAAAAUAUUUGUCCACCCUGUGUCGCUGUGAGCAACCUGUUGGAAUGCAUCAACUGGAACAAUUUCCAAAGGGCGUGGAAUUGUUGAGUUAUUUGUACCAAGAGACGACCGAGUCCAUAAACACAGACAACUAUCCCAUGAUGCUCUCAAUCCUACAGACUUCCUGUGGUCCCUACAACUUGUUUGUGAAGGAGUGGGUUUAUCAUGGAGUUCUUAACGACAUUUACGGGGAGUUUAUGAUCACAGUCAAUGAUGACUAUCUACGAUUCAGAGACAAGCACUACUGGAGUCACAGCUAUACGAUGACGGACAACGAUGUGGAGUUUGUUCCGGGAUUCCUCCAUAAUUUAGCCAGUGAUAUUUUUAUCUGUGGAAAGUCCCUUAACCUUCUCAGGGCCUGCUCACCGGGUCAUUUUCUGUGUCGAGUGAAGGAGAUGGAUAUACCUCGAAUCUCUCUCACAUUUUCGGAGGAUGAGCUGCGUCACACGAUGACCCAGUGUCAGAUGUACAUCAGUAAGAUGAAGCAGAUUGCCAGACAACACACCUUGUCCAGAGAAGCACAGGAAGAGCAGGCAAAGGAGAGGAAGCGCGAUCUGAUGAGGAGAGCCAAAGCAGCGGCCAUACAGGAAGUGGAGCGAAUACAGGAAGCAAUAAUGAAAAACCGAACACUAACUGAUGCCAAGAAAAGAGAGCAGUUUACCAUUUUAAAGAAACAAAUGGAAAUGGAUCUCAUGAGACGAUCCAAUGCUGUGGAGGAAGAAAAGAACACAGACAAAGAGAGGAUGGAGAUGUUGAUGAUUCAGGAGAGAGAGAUGACAGAGAAAGAGAAAGAACUGGAAGAUGAGGCCAGAGCUGAGAUCAUCAACUACUAUGCCAACUUGACAAAGGAGGCGACCUUGAGAGAAGAGAGAGCCAUGUGGAAGAUCCGACGGGGGAUGCUCGAUCAAGCAAGACAAGACUUCCUGUCAGAGGAUGAGCAGGCAUGGAGGGAUGAAAUGGAGGCCAACCCAGAGGGCAGAAAGAUAGACCGAGCAUUGUGGGAGGUCGGUAGAUCAGAGAAAGAAGAAUCGGACUUACCAAUGUGGGCGAGGAGAGUGAUAGCAAAGCCCGCCCCCAUCAUUCCUGCUGUCGAAGAACCGGAGGAAGUGGAUCUCCCAGCCUGGGCGGCAAGGAGAUUAUCAAGCAUUAAGGCAGAAAAAUUGGAAGACACUGGGUCUGAGCUGCAGAGAGGAAGAAAAGUGAAUCUAGAAAGUGAGGAACUCCCAGCUAAACCAGCCAUCCAUGUCUUCCAUGAACAUCAUCCGUCCGAAGAAACUACAGUCAGUGAGCCUACCAGACCACACAUCCACAUGAUGUCGGACCGCCACGCUACUAAAGAAUCGGAGCCUGAAGAAAAGGCAAAGUUAGGAGUGAAGCUAUCCACCCAGAUGAGUGCAACCACAGAGACUGUAGCCAAAGAAUACAAACCUCAUAUGAAGUCUAACAAAGACAUGUUCUCCUCCAAGGAAUCAACAGCUACCAAGGAGGACAGCUUCCCCAAACGUAAAGUUCAAGAGGGGUCAGGAGUAUCGAGAGAGACCGAGGAGAAGGUGUGGCGGGUGAAGCUGGCCAGCCUCUACGGUCAUGUCAGUCAGCUGUCCAAGCAGGAAUUCCAGAUCAACAUCCCCCGACUGAAGAGACCGGAGGAGAUCUUCGCCUCCCUGGAGUCCGACUACAAGGACUACGGAAUCAAGCCCAGGAUCCGGAUGAGUAAGCACAUGUCGGCCACGCGGGAAUCGGAGGCCAGCAGUGGGGUCGUGCGGUCCGGGAUCAAGUUCUCCAAGACGAUGUCCUCCACUAGGGAGUCCGAGUGGGUGGAUGUGGAUCAGCUCCGACUGGAGAAGUUCAAGCAGCAAAACAUCCACGGCCACUCAUCCGACUCCACAGUACAGGCAUUGCUGUAUGGACCAAGAAUAAACAAAGUAGCAGAAGAUCAGCCAGAUAUUCCCCCAAUUCAGUGGACAUCUUCCAUCAAAUAUACACCUGUACCUUACGAGGAAAACUUUGAUAUGUGCUGUCAGCCUCCCUGUGUUGAUUUACUAACAAUGUCAUCAGGAAUGGUUUAUGGGGGACUGGGGGAUUAUGGGAUAUCUCAAAUGACAGAUGUGGGUGUGUAUGAUUACCUCCCCCUGACAGAAAUCAUGGAGAGGUCUGUGGUGGAGCCACUUGUCUCGCAGAUCUCUCUGGUGAAUGAGACUUUGUUGAACUACUUCUUUGUGGAACUACGCCUGAUGGAUCACCUGAAGACUCUCAGGCGUUACCUCCUAAUGGAAAACGGUGACUUUGCUCAGAUACUCAGCGAUAUGUUGUUUGAAAAGAUAUCCAUCAGUCUGAGCGCCCGGGAGAUGUUGACCCCACUCUUCCUUAAUGGUGCCCUCUCCAAAGCCCUCAAGUCCUCUAUUCAGACAGAUGAGAAACUGGCUGAGAACCUCAGCUUUGCCUUCAAGUACCCUCCGGGGCUGACCCCGCCAGCAGGUCGAUCCAUUCUUGACUGUUUGGAACUUCGAUACCUAGUUGCCUGGCCAGUGAACACAGUGAUUACAGAGGAGUCCAUCAACAAAUACAACCAGAUCUUCUCCUUCAUGUUGCUACAGAAGCAGACCGUCUGGGUCCUGAAGGACGUGUGGCACCGACUGAAGCGAGCAGCUCUCCUUCACAAAGCUGGAAAUGCCUCUCAGUUCAGACGGUUGCAGCUCUACAGACAAGAGAUGCAGCAUUUUGUUCGAGUGAUGCAAAGCUACAUUGCACAUCAAGUUAUUUUUGUGACCUGGAACGAGUUUAAAGCUUCCCUGAAGACAGACUUAAACAAUCUGGACGACUUGAUUAAAAUUCAUGAUGACUACCUAAACCGUGCCAUAUUCAGAUGUCUGUUGAACACAAAAGCCGCCAAGGUGAUGAAGAUAAUCCGGGACAUGUUUGGACUGAUCCUCCAGUUCCGUACUCUCUUAGUGGCUGCUGAUUGGACGCGGGAUAAAACCACUGGAGAAAUGUCUCACGCAAACUUCAACCAAAUGCUUAAGUGCUUCCAAAACUUUAAACAGUACUCGGUAUUCCUUUUUAAAGUGAUUAGUAAACUGGUGAAGCGUGGCUACCAGUCCCAUCUUCAAGACUUCCUAUUACGUCUGAACUUCAACGACUAUUACAGAGACAGCUAGAAAUGUCUACUAAGUAACUUCAGUGACUAUUAAACGACUAUUAUAGAGACAGUUAGAAAUGUCUACUAAGUAAUUUCAGUGUCUAUUACAGAUCGAGACAGUUAGAAAUGUCUACUAAGUAACUUCAGUGACCAUUACACUAUAUUUGUUUAAUCAAUUAUAGAUUAUACAGUUGUAAAUGCACAACAUUUAUGUAAAUAUGAUUGUUCAAUUAAUAUAAAUAAACAAAUAAAUUAAAA